UCAGUGAUGAUAUAACGCAAAACUUGACUGAAAAUAUUCGAUCGACAGACGCAGCAACCACAGAGAAGAUUUCUAAAACAAUUGGUACCGAACAAAUGCAGUCAGCAACUUCCACAUGGACACAAAAUAAGGUUUCGUCUGAAGCGUCGAAUGAAUUGCCAUUCAGCAACACAACUAUUUCAACUGAAAGGAACGUAGACGUCACCACGUCUGCUAGCACUGAAAAUCUUCAAUCAAUAUUCGCCGUUAUAACAGAUAAUGCAUCUAAAACAAACGCUACCGAACAUAAGCAGUCGGCAACUUCCACGUCAACACAAAGUAAUCUUAGCUCCGACGUGUCGACUAAAUUGCCAUUUAGCACUACGACAAUGGCAACAGGAAGGAACGUAGACGUCACCAGUUCCGCUAGCUCUGUCAGUGAUGUCACAACGCAACACCCUUCUGAAAAUAUCAAAACGACAUUCACAACAACCGAAAAAGCGCAGUCGGAAACUUCCACAUCAACACAAAAUAACCUUGGACCAAAAGCGUCAAUGUUGAAUGUUACCAAAAGUAAGACAAACGAAGAUUCAGCAAUUUUAAACAGAUUCGGUUCCAUGGAAUUUUCUGAAACAUUGCAUGGACAAAAAAGUGAUAGAAUUUUAAGCAAAGUCGAGACAACGACAUUUAGCCCACAGUUGUCUUCAUCAAAUGACGCAGCUGAUGAGACUUACAAUGAAGACGAUAUCGAGGAUGUUCUGUUCAGGCUUGGAUUUUUACCUGCAACUACUAAAAGAACUUUGAAUACAAGUGUAAACAAUAAUGCACAAACAAUUUUACAAUCGACUUUAUCAACGCUCUCUUCGACGGACAGCAGGAUCGAUACAACAACACUCGAGAAUAGAUCAACUGAAUCGCAUGUAUUAGAUUCGAGAAAAGCAACUACGAAAAAUGUUAUCGUCAUUGAUGCAAACAAAAACGAACUUACAAAUAAAAAUACAAAUAAUCUGCCACGCGUAACAUCAACAGCUUCAAUAACAUCAGAGACUUCAACACCUUAUCGCGCUUAUGAAUAUCAAACAGAACUACGCAAAAAUAUUCCUACAAAGACUUAUCCUUUAUAUUCAAGCACAACUGUCACCACACCAUCUCACUUAACAAUGACCUUAAAACACGAAGACAAAAUAAGUACAAGUAGUAUAAACCCCACAUCUACGCAACUACUUACUACAACGUAUUCUAUGAACCAUAAUGAAUUGUUAAAAACAACGCAAUCUCCAGUGACUACAAUGAUUAUACAAAAACACGAUGCUUUGGAAAAAUCAUCAAAUAAAAUGAUUACGAAGACUACAAAAUUGCCUUUAGAAAAAACAAAAAAACAUGAAAUAUUCCCAGCAACAUCCACGGUAGUACAUUCUACUACAACAACUACAAGAGUUCCAGAUAAUUUUGCUUCGAAACAUCUAGAAUCAAAAGCAAAGGGUGCAGAGUCAUUCAUUGUAACUACUCAGAGAAUGAAGGACCACACUAAUCAUCAAAAUGUAACAAAAGUUUUAGGAACAUCCACUCUAUCAUCUUCUACCACAACAACAACCUCAAAAUACAAAGACAAUAUGUUCUCAAAAAUGGUUAAUGAAAUAGUCGCAAAGACUUUACAUUCUCCUCUUACACCUACAUUUACAAGUAAAAUUAUAGACGAAGCUACCCUAAAAAGCGCUAAGACGAUCAAUACUACAUCUACAGAACAACCUUUACAGUCAACAACUAUGAAACAUAAAGAUUAUUCAGCAUUGACAAAAAAUACACAGGAAAAUAAAUUAGUUACAAAAUUACCUUCUACUGAAAAUUACAAAAAAGUUAAUGCAAUCUUAAGAAGUACAAAAAUGAUUCUAUCGACAUCAACUCAAAUACCUACUACUAUAAAUAGAAUAAAUAAUAAAAACGUAGAUUCAAUUCCUAAAACUUCUCACAUUAUUAUUGCUACGACUACACCAGCUGUUGCAACAACCCUGAAACAAAAACACGAAGCUUCUACAAAAUUUGCAAAGAACAUUGUUUUGACAACUGUAAAACCACCGUCUUCCAUAACUGACAAGAAACUAAAAGAUAUUGCUAACGUUAAAAGUACUACGUCACCUUUGAUAACACCUCAAAAUAAACCUGAAAAACAUGAGAAGUCUCAAAAAAUUAUUGAUUUAAGAUUUAGUAACGCAGAUUAUCCUGAAUCAAGUAACGAUGAGAAUAAUAAUGAAGUUGGUGAUAAAGACGAUAACGAUGGUGAUGGUAAUAACAAUGAUAACGAUGAGAAUAACAAUAAUGACAAGAACGAAGGCAAUAGCAAUGAGAACAAUGAAAAUAACGAUAAUGACGAGAACGAUAAUAAUGAUCAAAAUAACAAUAGAGGUAAUGACGCAGGUAAUAGCGGUGGUCAUAAUAAUAAUGAGAAUGAAGGCAAUAGCAAUGAGAACAAUGAAAAUAACGAUAAUGACGAGAACGAUAAUAAUGAUCAAAAUAACAAUAGAGGUAAUGACGCAGGUAAUAGCGGUGGUCAUAAUAAUAAUAAAGGUCAUGGUCAUGGAAGUGGUAAAAAUCAAGGGCAUCGUGGUCGAAGUCCAAAUCAUAAAAAUGGUGGUACACAUGGCGUAAAUCACGGUAGUCAUCGUGGUGGAAAUUCUAGGGGACAUCGAGGUGGUAGUUCGGGUGGCCUGCACGGUGGAAAUUCAGCUGGUCAUCAUGGCAAAAACCAUGCUCAAAACCAUGGGAACAGUGGUGGUCAUCAUAGUGGAAAUGGUAAUGGCCGUCUUAGUGAAAGUAGAGGGGGGCAUCCUGGUGGAAACGGUGGUAGUCAUCACGGUGGGAAUGGUCGUGCUCAUCAUGGUCGAAAUAAUGGUCAUGGCAAUCAACGUGGCCGUGAUCAUCACUACGGUUGGUCUCAGAGGACUCGUCCAAGAAGACAUCACGGCUGGUUCCAUUUUUAGAUUCAUGUUUUUAUUAAAUCUAUCAUUAUAAAUAAAAAUGCAUUUU